UCUUCUGCGGACGCGCGGCCUGCGCCCGAGAGCCGGGGCCGGGAGGUGCGGCGGGCCGGAGCGGCUAUGGGCCGCGGCUGGGGCUUCCUGAUCGGCCUCGUGGGGGCCGUGUGGCUGCUCGGCCCGAGUCACGGCGAGCAGCGGCCCCCCGAGACGGCGGCGCAGCGGUGCUUCUGCCAGGUUAGUGGUUACUUGGAUGAUUGUACCUGUGAUGUUGAAACCAUCGAUAGAUUUAAUAACUACAGGCUUUUCCCAAGACUACAAAAACUUCUUGAAAGUGACUACUUCAGAUAUUACAAGGUAAACCUGAAGAGACCAUGUCCUUUCUGGAAUGAUAUUAGCCAGUGUGGGCGAAGAGACUGUGCUGUGAAGCCUUGUCAAUCGGAUGAAGUUCCUGAUGGAAUUAAAUCUGCAAGCUACAAGUAUUCUGAGGUAGCCAAUAACCUCAUUGAAGAAUGUGAACAAGCUGAACGACUUGGAGCUGUGGAUGAAUCUCUAAGUGAGGAAACACAGAAGGCUGUUCUUCAGUGGACCAAGCAUGAUGAUUCCUCAGACAACUUCUGUGAAGCUGAUGACAUACAGUCUCCUGAUGCUGAAUAUGUAGAUUUACUCCUUAAUCCUGAGCGCUACACAGGUUACAAGGGACCAGAUGCUUGGAAGAUUUGGAAUGUCAUCUAUGAAGAAAACUGUUUUAAGCCACAGACAAUUAAAAGACCUUUAAAUCCUUUGGCUUCUGGUCAAGGGAAAAGUGAAGAGAACACCUUUUACAGUUGGCUAGAAGGCCUGUGUGUAGAAAAAAGAGCAUUCUACAGACUUAUAUCUGGCCUGCAUGCAAGCAUUAAUGUGCAUUUGAGUGCGCGGUAUCUUCUACAAGAAACUUGGUUGGAAAAGAAAUGGGGACACAACAUUACAGAAUUUCAGCAGCGAUUUGAUGGCAUUUUGACUGAGGGAGAAGGUCCAAGACGGCUCAAGAACUUGUAUUUUCUCUACUUAAUAGAAUUAAGGGCUUUAUCUAAAGUGGUACCAUUCUUCGAACGCCCAGAUUUUCAACUCUUCACUGGAAAUAAAGUUCACGACGCAGAAAACAAAAUGCUACUUCUGGAAAUACUUCAUGAAAUCAAGUCAUUUCCUUUGCAUUUUGAUGAGAAUUCCUUUUUUGCUGGGGAUAAAAAGGAAGCAAACAAACUGAAGGAGGACUUUCGACUGCAUUUUAGAAAUAUUUCUAGAAUCAUGGAUUGUGUUGGUUGUUUUAAAUGUCGACUAUGGGGAAAGCUUCAGAUUCAGGGUUUGGGUACUGCUCUGAAGAUUUUGUUUUCUGAGAAACUGAUAGCAAAUAUGCCAGAGAGUGGGCCCAGCUAUGAAUUCCAUCUAACCCGACAAGAAAUAGUAUCAUUAUUUAAUGCAUUUGGAAGAAUUUCCACAAGUGUGAAAGAAUUAGAAAACUUCAGGAAUUUGUUACAAAAUAUUCAUUGAAGAAAAUGGAAAACAAGUUGAAAUGUGCCUGUUUCUGGACUAUGAAGGACAAAGAGUGGAAUUUCAUUCAAAGGCAUAAGAGCAAUGACAUUCUUAAGCCAAACAUUUUAUAUAAAGCUUCUUUUAUAAAAGAAUUAUACUGUUUUAAGUAAACAAUUUUUUUUAAUUGUGUUAAGUCUAUGUAUAAUAUUAUUGUGAGUAAAAGUAAUGUUUUGAUGAUGUGGUAUAAAUUUUAAAAUUUAAUAUUGAAUAAAAUCAGGAUUAUCAAAUUCAUAUAUGUUAAAACUAAGUAAAUGUAAUUCUCUCAAGAAUUUUUUGUGAGAAGAUGUAAUAUAAAUAAAUCUAUGGUUAGUGUAUUGAGCGUUUAAUAGGAAAAUGCUGAGGAGGCUCAUGAAUAAUCCAUAAUUAUCAAUCUGAAAGUUUUCAAUACAUUUAUGGUUACCAGAUUUAGUAAAUAAAAAUACAUAAUGCCCAGUUAAAUUUAAAUUUGAAAUGAAUAUUUUUUUUGUUUUUUACAUUUUUUUAUUUGAAUUCAAUUUGUCAACAUACAGUAUAACACCCAGUGCUCAUCACAUCAAGUUGAAUAAUUUUUUUAAUAUAUGUUGCAUGCAAUAUUUGGGACAUACUUAUACCAGAAAUUGUCUCUUAUUUAAAAUUCAAAUUUAACUGGGAGUCCUGUGUUUUAUCUGGCAACCUAAAAGUGCACUGGUAUGAAAUAAAUGACUUUGAGAAAUUUAUAUUGCUAUUUAGAUUGGCUUGUUUCAGUGUGUAGAAAGAUACAAUAACAACUCAAAGACAGGGGAUUUCUAAACAUUGUGAAAAGUUGAAUAGAUUUAUAUAUUUAUUCUCAUACUUUACCUAAUGCUGAAUAAAAUUUGGGGAAAAAUUUAUUUUUAUAUAAUUUUAAAUUUACAGAAAAGUUUCCAGGAUAGUAGGAAGAACUCUUCAUUCAGAUUCACUAAUUGUUCACAUUUGCUUUACCUUUCAUUCUCUCUCUACACACACACACACACACACACACACACGUUUAUUAUUUUUUCCUAAAUCAUUUGAAAGUCAGUUCCAGGUAUCGUGCCCUUUGAACCUUAAAUACUUCAGUGUGUGAUACUGGAUUAUUUUUUAAAAAUGAUUUCCUCUGAAAAAUAAAAGGAACUAUGUAAUACUGUCAGCCUUAGAAUAAGGAAUCAUUUUGAGUUCUGGUGUAAAUAAAGUCCUUUUUGAGUUUGUUGUCCUUUAUAAUGCUUGAUCUGUAUAGUCAUAGGGCAUAGAAUUUUUGUGUUUCGUACAUGAGGUUCAUUUCCUUUUUUCUCCUUAAAAAUAAACUAAUUUUUGGAGGUUUUCAUUAGUGGCAGUUCUUCAAUGAUAAUAUUUGAAAGGGUUUAAGAAUUUUGAUCAAAUGGUAAUUGUGAAAGAAACGAUAAAAAAACUAUACCUCAAAAUGAUGUGCCCUCUAUCCAUUUGAGUGGGUGUACCAUGUUGAGAUGUUGCAUUAUUAAUAAAGCAGGGUUUAUUUAUAUAAUAGGUUAGAAAUAUCACCUUAUACUGCUGUAUACUUUUUCUUUUCUAUGUCCCUAAAAUCUGGUAUAAUGCCAAGUACAGAGUAAAGCACAUGUUCGGUAUCCAAUAAAUAUUUGUUGAAUGAAUGUAUUAAUAUGUAUUUAGUAUCUCUUAAAUGAAUAACUCCAGAGCUAUUUUUAAUAGUAUGUGUCAUAUUUUCUCUCUCCUCCCCUCAUUUGGAUAAGGCAGGAAAAGAAAGACCUUUAUCUACUAAUUAAGUCAAUAUUCUUGGAGACUCCAGGGACUAUGAUGUAAGCACCAUGUGUAAAUGUUUAGAGGACAUUUGUAGUACUCCGGACGUGUGGUGGAAGGGUUUUCAUGGCAAUUUUGUCUGUAUGCUUCUCUAACUCAGGUAAUGCCCUCACCCUUUUUUUAAGUCAAUCUUUUUGAAAGAAUAUUCCUAUCAUCAUUUUGUCACCUCCCACUUGCUCCUUAACCAGAAAUCUUGCUCUUGGCUCUGUAGUUCCUAACAAUUUCUUCUUUUGAAGUAAGAAAUUCCAAUUCUAAAUUCAUAGUUCAGUUCACAAGCCAUUUCUUACUUGACUUUUUUUUUUUUUUUCCUGCAUUUGAUACUGUUUGGCAGCCCCUUCUUUAAAAAUCUUUUUCCCCCCCUGGGUUCGUUAUAUGUCAUUCCUGGGCUCCUGAUGCAUCCUUUUUUAGCUUCUUUUCGUUUAUGCCUUAAAUGCUAUUCCUUAGACUUUUGAUUCUUGUUCUAGAUCACCACCACUUCUCACUCUUGGGUAAUUCCAAUUCAAUGAUAUAUAAGUCCUUAUCAUUAGUCUGUAUUUCUCAGUCUGUUUACCACGUCUUUACUGUUGUCCCACAGAUACCUGUGUGUCUUAACCCUUUUCCCUCUAGAUCUGUUUUUAUGCCUGUGUUGCUUACUCUGGUUAAUUUCAGAGCCAUCAUCUAAAUUCUCUAGGCUCACUCCUCUUUGUCCUUCCCUAACCAGUCAGUGUGUAAGCGCUGUGGAGUUGAUCUCCCUAUCUUGAAUGCAUUACUGUCCUUCCUUUUCUUUGCUCUUAAUCUAGAAAACUACACUAACCUGCCUCCCUGAUUCCAGCCUGUCUCCUCUCCUGCACCCCAUGGUGCUGCCACAGCAGACUUUGUAGAAGCACUCCAACAAGGUCCACUGAUGUGUGUCUCCCAGCCCUGUCCCCAGCCCUCAUGCUUUGAUAAAACACUGAAUUCUUCAGAUAUGCCAGGGUCAGGUUGCCACACAUGGGUGCAUGCUGCUCUCUGCAUCAUGUGCUCCCAGCCAUCCUUCCUUACCUGGAAUGUUUCCAUUUCUCCUUGCAGGCCAGCAUCAAGCUGGCCUCUGUGAAAUCUCCCUUGUUCCACCCAAGGAGUACCCUCUAAUCUCCUCUUUAAUGUCACCACUGUAAUUACAGCCUACCUCUAUUGUGUCACAUAUUGUACUGUAUUUUCUUUUAAACCUCCUUUAUUAGAAUGUGAGCUCCUUAAGGGCAGGAAAAGGAACUUGAUCCAUUUUUGCAUCUCCAUAGCAUAAUUUUUGGCAGAUGAACACUUUAAUAAAUGUUUGUUGAAUAAACUGCUUUUCAAAUGACAAA